UAUUGAAAAAAAGGAAAUAAAACAAGGAAAAAAUUCAAAAUAAAUCAACGAAAAUGGCGCUCUUAAUAUAAAAAGGUCGCGUUGAGUCAAAAUACCGGUUGCAGUUGAAAAUGGAGAUGGCCAAUCUUUGCUAGGAUCGCAAUUUGGCAUCGACACGUCUCCCGAAGCAAAAAUAUACUCUGUUGCUGCCCAAAUGACAAAAAUAAAAGCAUAUUGAACGUUUACAAGCUUCGACGGGGCCUUUUCUGAGUGUAUAACGUUUGACAACCUUGGAUAUUUGACUGGAUUUGAUGGGGGACAAUACAAUGCCCAACUAUCGAUGAUUGUGUUAUAAAUACUGCUGACAUGACAGGCAAGAAAUCUGUGGACAUUCUUAGAAAGGUAUUUAAUCACAAUAAAUUUCGAGGAAAAACAUGAUUAAUGCAACAAGCCUGAAAACAGUUCUCGGUUUUCAGUACUAACACCUGAAAACGCAGUUUUUCCUUUAAGGUUGACAUAAAAUGUACUAUGAACAUUUAAGGACAACAUUGCAAUAUACAGGGCUAUAGUUUCAACUUUCAGUUUAUUUGCAAGAAACAUUCUUCACUGGACACAAUGUUCAUAUUUUCAAGAUUUUUGCAUGAUAUUUUAUAGCAAGUACACUAAUGUGUCCAUAUAAAGUUUGACACAAACUCUUCAAACCUAUCACAAACAGAAAAAUUGAUGCGCAUUUGUUCUGAUGUUUGGAUAAUUUAUCAUCUGCUUACUAAAAUAUAUGCAAAUUCACUUAUUGUGUACUACAAAGUUAUAUUUAUUUAUUGAAAACUCAAUGAUGACUCUUUUAAUAGCUUGUAUUUUUGUAAACAGAAAACCACACAUUACAUAUAUAAUUCUGAUAUGGUAUUUUAAACCUUAGUAAUUAAAAGAUACAGGCCAUCCGCUCUAUUACGUCUUGUCCACCCUGACCAUGGGGAAAAUGCUCUUAAUAAUAUGUGUCACUAAAACACUGUCAUCCUCAUUAAGCCCAAGAUAUGAUAAAACAAUUGCUUUGUCCACUUCACAACCCUCCUGUUGCACGAAGCCAGCCUUUACCUGAGAUUCUAACAUGGCUCGUCUCUCCUUCACUUCCUUACCAGAUGGUUUAUCACCUUCAAAACAGAAAAUAUCAAUAAAUGUGAAAUUUCAAUAAAUAUUCCACAUAACUGAUAAAGAGAUGUAUCUAAUUAGGGGUAGGGCAGUGGGGGAAGUGCACACGCACUGAUGAAAUGGUAAAGCACCAUUUAGGAAAACCCACACUAAUGCAUUUAUACAACUUCUAAUUGCAUACAUACCAACCAGAAAUCGUUUAGAAUUCGGUUGACUCAAACACUUUGAGUUGGGUGUGAGGUCGUGUUUUAUUCCACGUCUGGCAUCAACACAAUCUUUUUGUACAUUUUCUGCAUUGUCUGAACACCGAGAGAUCUGAUUAAUGACAUCCUUGUACAGAUUUCUGCGUGCCUUCUUAGGUGUAUGUGACGUUAUUGCUGUAGCUCAGCCAAUCCGGGACAGCCUGGGUCGAGCAUGCGGGAGAGGGAGCUUGUAGGGCGAGCAUACUAAAAUGGUUGCCGAGCUUUUGUUUGUAAAACCUUUUCUUUUGUUUAUAUACUCAGUUUAAACAAUAAAACGUUACAUGGUGUCAGGAGUAAACCGAAUUUUAGAAUGUCGGGUCCCGAGGAGGCCAAUCAUGAUGAGAUUGCUGAACAAAACGCUGCAACAACACAGCCACAAGUACAAAGUUGUCAGAUGUUUAUAGUGAACUUAAGCAAGUGACGUUUUUAACAACAGAAACGGCAUGAGUAACGUCAAAAGACUGGGUCAAGGAUUGUGAUUGGUGGAAAACAAAAACUUUACUUCCGGUCAACGUACGUGUUGUCAAAAACGUCACUUGCUUAAGUUCACUUAUGUCCAAUGUGCCACUUCCGCACAAUCUGAGCGUGAAAGGAAACCUUGCAAAGAAUUGGAAACAGUGGAAACAGGUAUGGAAAGCUUACGAAACUGUCACUGAUUUAGCCAAGAGAGACAGUUCUUAUAGAGUAGCAACGUUUAUAACAUGUAUUGGAUCCGAAGCACUCCAAAUACAUAUGGGAUUGCCGUUUGCAAGCGACGAGGAGAAAAAUGAUAUCACUACAGUGAUGAAGCUUUGGGACGAUUAUUGUCUCGGUAAGACCAAUGUCAUUUAUGAGAGAUAUAAAUUCAACAACCGAGCCCAAGAGCAGAAUGAAACUAUUGAUGAAUAUGUAACAAGUCUACGCUCCUUAGUAGAGACAUGCGAAUUUCAAAGUUUAAAAGACGAUUUAAUUCGCGACAGAAUUGUCUGCGGAAUUCGUGAUAAUGGCGUGCGGCGGAAGUUGCUGCAAGAAUCUAAGCUAACUCUGGAGAGAUGCGUUGAUGUGUGUCGAGCAGCAGAAGCGACGAAAAAUCAACUCAAGGAUAUAGCUAACGUCCAAGGGGCAGAAUCACCAAAUGAUAGCGUCUACAAAACCGAUACUCAAAAUCAACAUAAAGCAAACAAAUGGGAUUCCCGGAAAACUAGAGAUGGGAAAGGCUGCAAGUAUUGUGGUAAACAGCACGAGAAUAUCAAAGAGAAAUGCCCUGCAUUCGGUAAAAUCUGUGCCAGGUGUGGCAAGCAGAAUCAUUUUGCUGCCAAAUGUAGAAGCAAGCCACUUGUUGACCACAGAAACGUGAAUAAUCUUAGUGACAGCUCAGAAGAGGAAUUGUUUACUGUUUCUGCUGGCGACAACACCAAAAGUGGAAAUGCCAACUUUGACAAGAAGAUUUAUGCAACCAUGGAGAUCAGCGGGAAGCCAGUUAAAAUGCAAGUUGACUCUGGUGCUACUUGCAAUAUCCUCCCAAAACACCUUUUACCACCAAACACAGAGAUCCAAAAGAAAGCUAAAGAGCUCAUCAUGUACUCCAAGAUCAAAAUGACAACCUUGGGAACAGCAAAAGUAAGUUUUCGCAAUCUUAAGAACAGUAAGAAGUAUCGAGCAGAAUUUGUGAUCAUUGAGGGAAAUUAUACACCAAUCAUAGGAGCCAAGGCUGCUCAGCAAAUGAACUUGAUUGUUGUUCAAAAACAGAAUAUUUUACAUGUAAGCACAGAAAAUGUUGCCAAAUUGCCUACUGAACAUAAUCUGACUAAGCAAGAAAUACUAAGCGAGUAUUCUGAUGUUUUCAAUGGCCUGGGAAAGAUGGAUGGCAAAUUGCAUUUUUUAGUUGAUGAAUCGGCCAAACCUGUUGUCAUGGCCCCACGGAGAGUGCCCAUUGCAGUAAAAGAAAAGCUGAAAGCAGAGUUGGAUCGACUCGAAAUGAUGGGAGUGCUUACAAAGCAAGAAGCACCAACCAAGUGGGUAUCUAGUUUAGUUGUCACUGAGAAGGCUAAUGGUCAAGUCAGAGUCUGUAUCGACCCCCAGCACCUUAACAAGGUACUGAAACGAGCGCACUACCCCUGCCGGUAA